AUGAUCAAAACUGCAGGAACCCGGACCUCCUUUGCUCAGACAGAACCAGGGAAUGUUGUGGAGCGUCAGAGCCAUCUGGAUGAAUUUUUGGGGCUACUGCUGUCAUCAGCCAAGGAGGAGACUCCCCUCUCCAACCUUCUUCACUUCAGUGAUGUUGGAAGUGUAGUGAGUCUCCUUGGUGGACAGUUCUUGGCAGAUAUUGAACACAUUUGCCUUGGUUCAGUAAGUUAUGAUAGCGAUGCUUCCUCAAGUGCAACAUCUCAGUCAGUGGAAUCCAUUAUCAGUGAUACUUCUCAAGUGAGCGAUGGUUCGAGAGGAUGCCGUCCAAGAGUGACAAAAAAAUUAACCAGUGGAAGAAAUCAUUCUUACAGGAAUACAAUAGGACUGUGUCAGGUAUUGCAGGAGAGUGAUAAUGAUAAAUGUCAUUCAGAACUAUUACAAGUCAAUCUGGACCAACCCAAAGAGCCUAAUGUAAUCUUGGAUGAACGCUUGGAAUGCACAAAUAGUGAGAAACACAAAAAUUCAAGUGCUGUAUUAGUGGAAAAUGGUAAAGAAGAUGAAUUAGAAUGCUUGAAAGAUUUUGAUAGUAAAAAGUGUCAGAAGGAUUCUGUCAGUCAGGAAACCCAAGACAAACCUCAGGAUACUUAUAAUCAAAGAUCAGUUUUGAAAGUUGAUGGUGGUGCGGUAGAUAUAAAUGAAUUUUCUUCAGCGAAACCAGAAUCUGUGUUAGGAGUAAGAGUAACUGACAGUACUGAAACACAUAGUAUAGCCGAGUCUUCAUUUUUAGUCCAUAAACCCUACUUACAAAGAUGUACGCAAUUGUCCGCAAGUUCUGUAAACAGUGCAGAAGCACCCAUGGCAUCAUUAAAUAGCGCAGUGCAGGAACCUAAUCAGGGAAACGAGGCACAGAAUGCAGUUGCCUUGAAGCAGUAUCUCCUUCAUGGAUGUGGAGCAAAGAUACUAGUAGCACUUGAUAAACUGGGAGUAGCAGGUUUGACAGGAGGAAGAGAAAUAAGCCAUGUGCUAGCUUUCAUCUUUACUUUUUUACUGAAGAAUGCUUCAUCUGAUGAAGUCCCAAAAUCUGUUUAUUCUCAAAAGAAAUGUAAACAGGGAUUUCAGGAGAAAUUAGCUAUGGGAGGUCAAACAGGGCAGAAUGAUGGUACAAGGAAUUCCUUCCUAGAUUUUCAUCCAGAAGGUCAACCUCACAGCCAGUCAUGCUUUAGAUAUGAACCAUCCAUAAGUCUGUGCUUGAAUGAUAUAUUUGCUGCCAAUAUUCACUCAGCCUAUGCCAGAAGUAGCCUUGGUACAAGAGGUAGCAAUUCUUCCGUUCCUCAGAUGUGGAUGCACACAUCUGGUUCAAAAAGUAGUAGCUUGUCAAGCUGUCAGAGCGGAAAGAAGCUGGGAAAGAAACGUCGGAAACGAUACUCUGCUUGUGUUCCCAUGGUGCGUUCAGAUUCAGAGGGAGAAGAUACUCACAAGAAUGUUAAACUCAGUAAGGCCCUUGUAAAAUUUACGAUGAACCCCAAUGACUUUGAUUAUUUUACACGAGCUGUGUACAGCGAUGAUGAUAAAUGCCAUGAAACAGAGACUGAUCAGACAAGUAGUUCAAUUGAAAGAAUCUGUCUACACGAGAACCUACUUUGCUUGUCUCUUGUCGAGCUUCUUCAGUGUAUUCUAUCGAUACAGACACAAAUAACAGUGCACGAGGCAGAAAUAAAGCAUCUGUCCUCGCCACUACUUGCCACUCAUGAUAUUCUCCAGUUUUCUCUCGAUGCAUUCUCUAACAUGGUGUUUGAAUUAAAGCAUAUGGAAUCAAAAAACGACGAGUCCGCAGAUAUGCAGCUAUUGUUAAUGGGAAUGUUGAAACUGAUGUUUUCAUCAGUACAAAGGUUUCUAAAAUCCAGUGAAUUGUUACUUACAGUAACAGAGCUCUGUGUUGUACCCAAAUUACUAAACCUAGUAACUGUUUUACUGGAUUUCAGAAAUGAACAUGAAACCUUACUUGAAAACGUGGAUUAUGGAAUAAAAUUAACCAAAGAUGAAGUAAAUUCACUUAAUACAACAAGAGCUACUUUGGCUCAUGAGAUUGUUGUUGGGUUGCUCUUCAUGCUCCAGAGUUGUACUUGCUUGAGAGUUGAAUGGAAAGAUGUGUGGCAGUGCCUCCACCUUCACAAAAUUUUCCUUCAAAACAAAGGGCCAGAAAUUACAAAGAAAGUUGUAUUUUUGAGCUCGCUUUUACCUGUCAGUAAGCGAUCCGAAAUCCUUUAUUCUCUUAGCAAACUGGUGCUGUACAUGAAAUGCUGGCGUGAAGAUAUUUACCACUUUGAGAAGUGUGACAAAAAAAAUCACCGAUUUUGUGAGUAUCAGGCAGUGCAAAAUCACCAUUCACAAGUGUUGGGAACAAGCGAAGGAGGUUUAAAUCCAAACGAUCCCAGUGCGUGUAUGGUUUCCAAUUUUGUAUGCAUAUUGCUUGAUUGCUUUGCUGGCAGUCAAGAAUUUGAUAUUUAUGUUUGUGCAAUCAAAGCCCUUUCAAAAUGUGGUCUUUGCUGCUGCAUGAGCACUAGAAAGGUAUUGAGUAAACUCUUACAAAAGCGGUUUUGCAAAUUGCCAUACGUAGUUUCGUACAUCACGUUAUAUGUAGAAAAUAUUGUAUGGAGUGAUCUAAGUGGCUUAAUGAUGUCAGAUACUGUUAGAUGUGCUGUCUGUCAGAUGCCAGAGCCCAUGGAGACUGGCAUAAACCCACUUUGUGCCGAGUACACUACUGAGGAAUCAUUUUCAUUAUCCUUUGGUACGAAAGGUAAAAGCUGUCACAGUCAGUUAAAAAAUUAUCAUAAAGAAACACAAGAUCUAAAUGGUGCUUCUCUGUCUCAAUGGGAAGGAGUUUCUUUAUACAAAAAUUUUCUCUUUCACACAAGCAUCUCCUCAAAAAUUGUGAGUCAUAUUAUCAGACUUGUUUCACAGAGCAGCACUGAGAUCAAGUUAGAAAUGUGUGAGUAUCUGAUUAUUCCUGUCUUGAAACAGAUUUGUGAUCAAGGCAUUAGUUAUUACCUAGCUGAUACUAAGCAUGAAAAGGAGGUCCUGGUUGGUCUAAUUAAAUGUUAUAGACUAACCUUGGCAGAAUCUAAUGAUCCAAAAUUAAUCAAAUUUCUUCAGUGUUAUGGCUCAGGUCUUAUUUAUGCAUGUAAAGAAAUCCCUGGUUUAAGACAUGAAGCCUUUUCCUUAUUAUGUCAUGUUGUGAAGAAAGAACUUCAAGCCAAACCUGGGCUACUCUGCCUCUCAGGUGCAGAAGAGGAGAGCGACUCUAUUUUCACCAAAAUGUUUGAACAGGAAGUUAUUGAACAUGAUGAAUUUUGGUCAGCAUAUUUCGGAAAGAAAGCCGAAGAAGUGAGACGAAGAUUCUUCAUUCACACUUGCUUUCAUUUAGAUGCUGAUAUGCAACACCACAAAGAAAAUUCAAAUAAUAAAACUAAGAAGAGUCAAGGUAAUAUUGAACAGGAACAUAGUAGUAGGUAUGUGGAAGAAAAUUUCAUGGCACCUGAAGAACUGAAGAAAUGUGAAGAAAGAAAAUGUAAAUAUCCAGAUGCUGUGCAAGAAUUGGAUAAUGGUACAGGGAAAGUGAUGCAAGAUACACAACCUCUCCAAGCUUCUAUUAAUAAGUAUAAAUUUAUGGAGGCUUCAAAGAUGGGUAAAGCAGAUGGAAAGAGCGCUGAGGAAGUCCCGGUAGAUAAUGGGUAUUCUCCACAGCCUCCUAUGAGCACGUCGAUGGAAAUUAACAUGGAGGAAUCACUGGACACUGCGGGUUCUUUUCAGCCUUCCACCUGCAAGUCCAGUUUUGAUGAUAAUGACGGAGACAAAGACAGUGAGAUUCCAAAUGCAGGCAUGACUGCAGAGUCUCCUCAGCUCUCUAAUAGCCAGUCCACUUCAAUAGACACCAUAAAAGAAGCUGAGAGUGGCUCAAAGAAAAUAUCAGCCAUCAAUGGGUCUCCACAAAGUUCCACUCAAAAAUCCUCCACAGAUGAGUCAGAUGAGGACAUUAUAAAGAAAAUGAACAGUGAAAUACUGGCAGGUAAAUAUACUGGACUACGCGAGCUUUGGGAAGCCAUAACUGAGGUUUUGCAAGCAAGCACCGAGUUUCAGGCAUACUUGGCAGCCUCCUCAUUGCGGUCUCUUGUAGCACCGCUCUUGGUUAAUAUUACACAGGAUCUGGCACGCUCAUCCUCGGGUACUCUGAGUCUUACUAGUGUGGUUUUAGAACAACUGUCUGUCACUUUCUCAAUUGUACAUUCACUACUGACCUUCAUAAUCAUCACUUAUCCUUAUGCAGGAUUGAAUAUUGAGACACUGUUGAAUGAGUUACGAUCGCCCCUGUUACGGUAUUCUCCUCGUACUUGUGGAGAUGUGAAACAUCUUGUUUCUGUCUUGCUCCAGUGUUGUGUCCUCUCCAAUUCUGCUGGCAUUACCUAUACACUUCGACUUCCAACUCAACACGCUCUGGAACUGCUAGAUGAGGACACUGCACCAGUUGGUGAAGCCGAAGAGCAGCAGCAUGAUGAAACAGAUGGUUAUGAGGCUGAUACUGAGCAGCUGGCAAAUGCUUCCCCAUCAGCCACAAGGUUUUUGCAUGAGGAAGAAGACUUACAUUGCCCUGAGCUUGUACUUCUGGCACUAGACCUCAUAAUCAACCACCACGAGAGGUUUCUUGAGUCGCAGGAAGAGGCUCGGCAGGAAGCACUAUCCAAGUCACAGGACCCUACCAGAACAGAUGAUCAAACUGUGCCUGAAGACCAGCAAAGAGUUGCAACUUGCUCGGGAGCAAAUGACCCCUCGGCGGAUGUCUGUUCCUUCAGCUACCCAUCAGGAAGCAAGCGACACCCUCUGUACAAGGACAGUUUGAAACGUGAAGGUCAUUCGGAAUCAGAAGACCAGCUUAAGGACCAGAUCAUCAGUGAGAAUGAACCCAAAGCUGAGAAUCAGCCUUCGUCCGAGGAUCAUCCUGGUGCCGCGAUCGCAUCGGAUGUUGAGGAUCAGUCAGGUACUGAGGACCAACUUGUCACUGAUGACCAGGUCAUAGCUGAGGAUCAGUCUGCAGCAGCUGAAGAUCUGUCUGCAAUUGAGAACCAGUCAGCAAACCAGUCAUCAGCAGAGGACCAGUCCAUUGCUGAGGAUCAGUCUGUUGCUGAGAAUCAAUCUGCAGCUGAAGAUCAGUCCAUUGCUGAGCAUCAGUCAGCAGCUGAGGAUAAAUCUGUUGCUGAGGAUCAGUCAGCAGCUGAGGAUAAAUCUGUUGCUGAGGAUAAAUCUCUUGCUGAGGAUAAAUCUCUUGCUGAGGAUCAGUCAGCAGCUGAGGAUAAAUCUGUUAAUGAGGAUCAGCCAGCAGCUGAGAAUAAAUCUCUUGCUGAAGAUCAGUCAGCAGCUGAGGAUAAACUUGUUGCUGAGGAUCAGUCAGCAGCUGAGGAUCAUUCAGCAGCUGAGGAUAAAUCUGCUGCUGAGGAUCAUUCAGCAGCUGAGGAUAAAUCUGCUGCUGAGGAUCAGUCAGCAGCUGAGGAUAAAUCUGCUGCUGAGGAUCAUUCAGCAGCUGAGGAUAAAUCUGCAGCUGAGGAUCAUUCAGCAGCUGAGGAUAAAUCUGCUGCUGAGGAUAAAUCUGCUGCUGAGGACCAUUCAGCAGCUGAGGAUAAAUCUGCUUCUGAGGACCAUUCAGCAACUGAUGAUAAAUCUGCUGCUGAGGAUCAUUCAGCAGCUGAGGAUAAAUCUGCUGAGGAUCAUUCAGCAGUUGAGGAUAAAUCUGCUGCUGAGGAUCAUUCGGCAGCUGUGGAUAAAUCUGCCACUGAGGAUCAUUCAGCAACUGAGGAUAAAUCUACUGCUGAGGAUCAUUCUGUUGCUGAGGAUCAGUCUGCUGCUGAGGACCAGUCCUCUGCUGAGGAUCAGUCUGCUGUUGAAGAUAAGUCUGUAGCCAAGGAUCAGUCCUUAGUUACAGACCAACUUGUUGCUGAAGACCAGCUGGGUGCUGAGUUCCAGCCAGAUGCUGAGGACCAGCCAGGUGCUGAGGACCAAUCAGGUGCUGAGGACCAGCUAGGUCCUGAGGACAAACCUGUAACCGAAGACCAACUUGAGGUUGACAGCCAGCGUGUAGUUGAGACCCAGACCGUAGGUACGAACGGGGGCACAGAUCUAGCGGAUACCACACAUUCACCGAGAGAGAGAAAGUGGGAGCAGUAUCCUAGGGGUGAUGAUCUAGGGUGUGCUGAGAAAGUACUCAAGAACAAGAAAAAAGAAAUUACUGAAGGUCUCCGAGCCAGAAUAAAAAAGUCUCGUGCUCAGAGUUCAUCCAUGGCUGAGAGUAAUUCCUCGACCUCAUCCAUCUACCACACAUUGCACUCGGAUGAAGAUACAAGCGCCAGUUCUGAAGAGCAAUCUUUAGAAUGGGAGGAUGGGUUGUGGAGAGAUGGAAAGUCAGAUGUCACCAGUGAUACAGUGGUUGAGAAUUUGGCUGCAAGUGCAAAUAUGAGUUCAGGGAAUGAUUCUUUUGGUGAAAGCCUACCUACUAAAUUUUGUGGUGGCAGCUUAAGAGGCCUUCAGCUCACAACUGACUCACAGGGGGAAGGCCAGACCGAGAAUAAGCUUGCGAGUUUGCCAUGCUCGGAAAUGACUUCUCCACACAUCUCACGAAGUGAAUCGACACAAUCUUUAUCAGUAGUUGGACUGUGCAGUGAGAGCGAAGCAGCCCACAGUGCCUCUCUAACCCAGUGUGUUCAUGCACUGCUGCUUCUCUGCCGCACCUCGGCAAGGGUUUGUCGUCGACUUCACUCGCUUGGGUUCCUGUCGAGGCUUCUUGAUGGCUUUAAAGACUUGAUCUCUGCCAACAGUCCUAGUCAUCAAGAUGUGGUGGGAACGGUAGUGGCAGUGUGGGCUGAAGUGGGUCACUGGUGCCUCACAGCCACCGAUCUCUCUCAGUUCUUGGCUCUCUUCAAGGCUUCAGCACCUCCACUGGAAACGUUAAUCCGUGCCCUGUCUCGAGUUCUAGAGAGCAGUGGAUAUGAACCACAGUGUGCCUUGCCUUAUCCCUGCCAUGGUACCUCUGCAGCAUCCAUCUCCCCCACCCUAAAUGCAUCACGUAAUUCAUUAACAGAAAGUCUGGCUUCCUUUGUCAACAUUCGUGUUCCUUCAUCUCCUGUUGUUGAGGCAAUAACAAGACUUCAUGAGAGUCAUUGUCGACAUGGAAUCAUGUCAUGUGUGGCAGUAUCGUGCUUGGUGUGCCCAGUGCCAAGGACACUUGAUUGGUCACCAUACAACUCGGGGCUUGCAAGCACAUCUUGGAUUUGUGUUCGUGACAGAUCGGGACUGGAAAAUAAACAGCAUUCCUCAUCCCAGUCAAGUUUGGUUACAAGCUGCAGAUCUGAAGGAUAUUUUGAUGCUGGAGCCCGUUGUAAUUUGUCACGUGGUGCCACAUCGAAUGCAUCAGUGAGUAGUGAACUUAGUAGCCUCAACAAGCUCCACAUUAUGUCUGUUGGAACACAGCAUUUAAUGUUUUCUCUCUGGCUGGAUCCCAUCAAAGACUGCCUGCAAGUUUGUGUGUCACGAGAGGUUGACAGGGAGAGCGCUGUACUAAGUCACGGGGUGGUGUUGAGAGCGGGACUCUGUGAUGGUAGCUGGCACCACCUGGCAGUCUGUGUACCAACUAUCAAUGUCAGAAGAGGAGGAAGUCUCAAGAUAACAAUAUUUGUGGACUCACUAACUUGUCACUCUGUUAAUGUUACUGUACCUGCUGUUGGCUCCAUCAAGAAAAGUUCUCCAUCUUUUCUUCUUCUUGGUCACACAGAUUAUUUCAACAGUGAGGAGCCUGAAGCAGUGGAGGAUUUGGAUCCUCUCAGCUUUCAAAGGAAUCGAAGAAAUAGUUUUUGUUAUGGCACAUCACACAGGCUCUUGAUGGGUAACACAUUUCUCUUCCGAGAACCUAUCCUGAGUCGAGAGCUGUGUCUUUACCUCAUGGCUCUGGGUAAAGACUGUAUGAGCCUUUUACCUCUUACAGACAAAGAUGAAAGGGUGUUGAUGACUCCAUUUAUUACACCAAAGCUUUUAACAGCCGGAAUGGAUCUGUCUGUUUUAUAUGGUCACAUGGAAUCAGCAAUUAGACCAGCACAGGAAUCAUUGUUGCUGCUCCAUACAGCCAAGCGUCCAUCAGAGUUUCUGUGUUACAAGCCACACAUGCCAACACUUCAAGAUACUGGAAAUCAUUACCCAUUGUGCACUACACAGACAGCAGUAUUAUUUGGUGAAUUGUCCCCUUUGAGAAGCCAGAGUUCUGAUAUAGCUCUUCUACAGAUGGGAGGAAUAGCACAUAUUGUUUAUCUCUUUGCUAGGCUUGUGGAACUGCAGUCUGAUGAGCGGGAGCAGGCAGCAGCUCUAAGAUUACUUGUGCACUGUGUCCAUACAUCACCUCAGUUGGCUGCUCAAUAUGAAGGAAUGCGUGGCAACUCUCUUGUGUUUCGAAUUCUUCUGUCUCCAUUAUCCUGUCCAGGAGUUCAGGUUAUAAAGGCUAUCUUGGAUGGUUGUACAUAUCCGAGUGUUGUGCAGUACCUGGCCUGCCGAGAUGUUUAUACCAUUGCCCCACAUGUACCGGCAAUAUUGGUGGAUCGUGAUCUCAUGAAUUCUCUCAUUAGUAACUGGAGGACAUUUCUUGACAAUUUCUCAAAGCAACAAACUACCAAGUACUGUGUAAAUGAGAAUGGUGAACGAAUUACUGUCUUGGGAAUGAUGCUCUCAGUGCUGAAAGUUUUAUUAGCUGAUAAUCAACCGUACAGAGACUUCAACUUAGCACAACUAAGAGACAUUGAUGCUUUAGACAAGAUCUUAUUUAUAUGUAAGGAGCUGGAAUUGACAACAGGGUCACUAGAUGGUAUAUUCUCAGCAGAUCUAGUGGUAAGUGUAGUAACUGGACUUGUUGGAGGACCAGGACCACUCUCAUGGAAAAAUGCUUCUUCUGGAGCUGGUUUAGGAAUGUCAGCCCAGGAAUCCUACUCCUCAGGAUUUUGUUCUGUACCUUCUGCUGUUGGCAUCACAGCUACACCUACUGGCAUUACCUCAUUCGGGAUUGGCUCUCCUGUUGUGCGAGUUCGGGACAUCGCAGCAGUGUAUGGUUUUCUCCUGCUUGCACAUCCUGCCCACCUCACAUAUGCUGCCACUGAGCAAAGCACAGCAUAUUACCUUCCUCACAUCCCUACUACUUCAAACAGUAAACCAGGAUCAUUUGUUGCUGUAGGAGUGGAUUUAGCUGCAGAGCUAAUGGAUUGCCCAGGAAAAACCCAGACUAUAUCACAGUUUGAGACUGCUGAUUGGCAAGUGGUUGACAAUAGCAACCCUUUUCUUCAACUACAACAGAUACGAAAGGAACAGAAGGAGGAAAUGAGAAAAUUGCGAAGGGAAGGCACCAUUGUGAAGAACGUGUAUGAGAGCUCCGAGGAUGAAGAUACCACCGACGGUGACAUGGGUAAGGCUUUUAACAUUAGUACAAAUGUGCAUCCUUCAGUCACAUCUGAAGACCAAGUAGAUGGCCAGGUUUUGCACCGCCGACAUUGUGUUAUCUCAGUAGUGCCUACUGAUGUUCACUUAAGUGAAGGAAGUCAGAAAGAUACUGAUGAGAAAGAUUUUUCAGAUAAAUCAGAAAUACCUAAUAAAGAAGAACAAAUCUCUGAGGAAAAUGUGCCAAGAGAAGAAAAUCUAUUGGAAGGGUUUAAUCAGGAAAGUGAAAAUGGAAUUUCCACAGACAGUGAAAAAACUGAAACUGAAUACCAUGCCGUAAGAGGAGCGACAAAAUGGCUGGAAGAAACAGGAGAGACUGAAGAAGAUGAAACUGCCGAGGAAGAAGACAGUGCCAGUUGUGCUAACCUGUCAUGCCUCACACAAGUAGUGGUGGGGCUUUUAGAGAUGCUGGAAACAGUAUUAAAAUAUUCCUCGGAUACUACAACACGAACUCUCUUGGCUGAAGCUCUUUAUAUGGAUCAAGCGAUAGUGAUGGCAAAUCACCCCCAGCCUGCCAUCCGAUGUGCUGUUCUCAAGCUGUUUACAACCAUGCUGGACAGAUGUUCUCCCGAGGACAGUGUUCUACACCUGCGACAAAAUAUUCCUAUAAUAAUGGCACAGCAGUUGCACAAGCAUACUACGAUCUCUACUCAUCUAGUCUUAGCAGCGUUUUCCCUCGCCUUGGGACGCUCAUUUACAUUUGAAGAUUAUGCUAUUGACUGUGACCCUAGCCUUGCUCUCCCACAACAGGUGGUAUUGUUCAUCCCAUUGAUGGCAUUGCUUCCCCACUCAGCACAGGACAUUGCACUUUGCCACAAUUCCUUGAUGGUCAUGCUGGACUUGCUACACAAGAACACAGAGCUUAUACUGCCACUUAUCCACAAAGCUCACUUUGUGGAUUCUCUCUUAUGCACACUGAAAAGGUCUCUCCACACUGAGGGUGUGGGCGUGAGUGAUGUGACGGGGGAGAGUGAGUGUGAGGUGGUUGUGUCGGACAUUACUGAGAUUCUUUCCUGGAUAAUCAACUGCCUUGUAGCAUCACCUCAACAUAAAAACUUUAUGCUGAGCUUGGAGGUUCUUCAUCACUUGAAUUUGCUGUGUCGUGGAGAGUCAGCUGUAUGUGGGGGUCAAGCGAGCUGUGUGGGUCACCUGCAGGGAACCGAGGCAGCAAUUUUGCAGGUAGCUUUGUCACGCAUCCAAGCCACUGCUUCCACACAUCAGCACACACUGCCACGAGAUGCUUCUGACAGUCUUAAAAUGGAAAAAACUAGUGUAUCUGGAUCAACCAGUCUGCAUAACAUGAAGCUCUUCUCAUCUGCUGUCCCUCGUGAUGACAGUGACUCAGGUGUUGGGUCAGUGUUGGCAAAUAACACGACCAUCCCUUUCACCAAAAGGGUUAUUGGAGAGAAAAUGUGGCUGGAGCGUUUGGUAUGGGGCUGCCAAGAUAUCCUACGGAUGCAUCUCAAUCAUUUGGCUGGAAUUAGUAAACAUCGCCCAGAAACUCACAUUCACACACGCAUUCGUGCUGCUCAAGCUUUAGCCUCCCACCAUAAAAGUGCAAAAGUCUGCAUGGCUGUGAUGAUAGAGAGGCUUAAUGUCAGUGAACGCAUCGUCCACAUGAGCAGUGCAUCAGUUGUGUCCCCUGGCAUGGUACAGCGCGGCGAAAUACAUAGCCGAACCGCUAUGUAUUUUGUUGGAGAGCAAGUUACCAUUGACAUGAACCAGAGCGGCAGCAGCAGUGAGUUAGUAUCCGUGACCUGGCCUCUGGAUAAUGUCCGAGAGAUACACAUUCGAAGAUACCAACUCCAGGACUGUGCUCUAGAACUUUUUCUCACAACAGGCCACACGGUCUUGGUAGCUUUUAUUGAUACACAGCAUCGUAAUCAGGUGAUUGGAGUACUCAGUAUGUCUGAUAUGCCAAAUUUAUUAAGCAAGACUACUCUUCCGGAGGUUACAGCACGAUGGCGUGAAGGACAGAUGACAAAUUUUGAGUAUCUUACUCAGCUGAAUAAAUUGGCAGGACGUUCAUUUAAUGACUUAAUGCAGUAUCCUGUGUUUCCCUUCAUAUUAUCCAACUACAUGACAAAUAUCAUCAGUCUGAAUGAUCCAACUAAUUUCAGGAAUUUGAAGAAGCCAAUAGCUGUGCAGCAUCCACAUAAGGAACAGCACUACAUUAAUAAUUAUGAGAUAACUUCACAGAUUAGUCAAGAUGCUGGGGAUGGACCCUACCACUAUGGUUCUCAUUACAGCAACUCUGGUAUCGUUCUCCACUUCUUGGUUCGACUGCCUCCAUUUACACAACUAUUCCUGCGAUACCAGGAUGGUAACUUUGACAUUCCUGAUCGUACUUUUCAUGCCAUUCAGACAACAUGGCGACUAGCUUCCUCUGACUCCACAACAGAUUUCAAAGAACUCAUUCCAGAGUUUUUCUUUCUUCCAGAGAUUUUUUUAAAUUCAGAAGGUUUUAACAUGGGUGUAAGACAGUGUGGUGAGAGGGUACACCAUGUCCAGUUACCUCCUUGGAGCUGUGAUGACCCACGCAGGUUUAUUUUAAUACAUCGUGCAGCUCUAGAAUCUCCAAUAGUCACACAGAGCUUACACCACUGGAUUGACCUUGUGUUUGGAUACAAGCAAACUGGCCGAGCAGCUGUUGAAGCUAUAAACGUCUUUCAUCCUGCAACAUAUUUUGGUUAUGAUGUGGAUAAUGGCAUUGAUGAAAUAAGUCGUGAGGCUCGCAAAGCAAUGAUUAAGACGUACGGACAAACACCACAACAGCUUUUCACCGGUCCUCAUCCAAGUGUGAACAGUACUGGACCAGCACAAAAUCCUCAAGCUCCUGAAGUGUUACACGAAGUACGUGGAUUGCGUUGGGGAACAUACGCUGGCUCUCCUGCUGAUGAUCGUCCCAUCUUGGCUCUUGUACAGACUCUUAAGACUCCUGCAGCAUACAUCACCAGUAUAUUGCCUAAUGAGCUACUUUUAAUGCCACCACACACACACAUUCUUAAUAUUGGUCUAAAUAAAGGUACGAGCAGUGCUUAUAUACUGUCAUCAUAUCACCAUGAUGGCAUCAUCCGGUGCAGACGUCUGAAAGACACUGUAGCUUACCCCCUAAUAUCUGUGCCUCAUUAUGAUGAAGUAAUGUGGUGUAGCUGUGGAAGCAGUCAAGUGUGGGUUGGAUUGGCCUCAGGUCAGAUCCUGGUGUACUCAGUCAGUCCUAAUCACAUCGGGGAUGAGUUGACCGCUAGUGUACCACCAACUUUCCUCUUAGCACACACUGCUCCAAUCACCACCAUGCACAUAUCCGAAGCCUUCAGUGUGUGCAUUUCUAGUGGCAAAGAUGGGAUGUGUGCUCUCUGGGAUACAAAUAGGUUGUCUUAUAUCCGAAACAUUGGCUCCAGUGGUAUUGAAGUGUCUCUUCUAGCUAUGAGUGAGACACUAGGAGAUUGGGCUUCUGUUAGUCCGCUUGGAUGUGCUGCCUCUGUACUGCGACUUUACACCAUCAAUGGGGCUUUGGUUGACUCAGCGGUCACUCCUGCACCAGUAACAGCCAUUACAUUCUCCUCUGCCCCUGAGGGUACCGCUAUUAAUGUCAUUGCAACAAGUUUAGUUGAUGGCGUAAUCAGAUUAUGGAGUGUCUGGGAUCUGAGACCCAUACGAGAACUGAGAACUGACCGAGCAAGACAUCCAGUAACUUCACUGCACUUCACUCAUGACAACUACCAUCUCUGUGGUAUCACAGAAAGUGGUAUUCUCCUGGUAUGGGAAUCAUCGCUUGUAAAAACCAAGAUCCCCAAGUUCAUUACAGUACCUUCACUCUAAGCUUAAUCCUCAAAGGUGUUGAUAUUAUAGGAGAAAGCAACAAGAAUUUUUUUUUAUUCUUGAUGCUAGUCUUUCAUUUUCAAGAUAAACUAAAAGAAUAAUUAGUUAUCUUUAUAUGGAAGCUCUGAUUGCUGGAACUUGAUUUUAGAAUCUCAUUGCUACUUAUUUUUUAUUUUGUAAUUGGGGAGUUGUAAAAUUUUGUUGACUGGUUUUUGUAAGUACAAUUAUCUUAAUAUUUUAAUCACUUUUAUCAUUCACACUUUUAAUACUUUAUUUCUAUACAGUAUUAAUAUAGCUAGUCACAGUCUGGUCCUGAAGCUAAAGCCUGCUUUGGUUUUUGAUAACAUUCUAAGAAAUAUGUUUAAUAUUAAUAAGAAGUGUUUUAGUCUAGUAGGAAGGGGUUGUGUUUAGUCCUGUUUUACAGGACUAGGUGAGAUGUUUUAGUCAGCUCAGUUUGCUCUCCAGUAUGCUGGUUUUGAGACUAUGUGGUACCCACCUUGCUAUUGAGGUACAGUACAGGGUUCAAGCCUAGUUAGCUUGAAGAAAUAUUUGCAUAUUGUGUAUACUGUAUGUAUGUAUGAAAGAGUAUCAGAAAAAUGUUUUGAGUUAGAGGGUAUAUGUACACUUUUUUAUGUUUGCUUUGUGUGUGUGUAUACAUGUCAAUAUGUUUAUGUAUGCACAUUUGAGUAUAUGCAUAUCUUCAGAUGUUUAUAUAUGCUUUCAUCUGUAUUCAUGUAUAUAUGAAUGUGUGUGCAUAUAUGUUUAUGUAUAAGAGUGGAUGUGUGAAUAUGUGUAUGUGCUUUUAGCAUUAUAUAAUAGAUCUGAUUUAAAAUAGGAGAAAGUAUACCAAAUUAAGUUCAGGCUACCUCUUAGCAAAUUAUUGUUUGUUAUAAUGAGAUGUUAAAACUUACUUGAAGUAUAAUAAUAGUUUUAAGUCAAAAACUGAAAUUGUGAACUUAAAGAAUGUUAAUUAUUUUGUGAUUCUUUGCAUUCUUACCACAAGUAUUCAAUGUGGGUUGAAAAUGUAUAUUUCUGUAUCUGAAGUUUCACGUGACAGUGAAGGAAGUUUGUUGCUUGGUCAUUAAUUGGAGGGGUAAUUUCAUAUGCAGUGUCUCCCUUGAUAAGAGGUACUGCAUUAAGCUAUGAACUCUGUAACACCAUAUCAUUCUAUAUUAUAACUAACUGUAAGUGUGAAGGAAAGACAUGUUGCAGAAUAGGCAUUUAAUGGGAAAAUGUCUUACUCUGUGUUCUCAUCAAUAUGUGGUUGCAGGGGUUGAGUCACAGCUCCUGUGACUGGAUAAAGCAUUACACAGCACAAAACAGUCUCAAUAAAGUUUAGUCUACAAAGUCUUUUCUUCACUAUUGUUGGCAGUACACCAUUUGAAUCCUACCUGUAGGUAUAUAUUUGCUUGCAUAACAGUAGUUAAUUUUAUUUGGUUUGUUCCUCUGGUGUCAGAAAAUUUGUCAGAGGGUUAAUUUUAUAAUAGAAACCUCUCAUUUAAUUUUGUAACAUUUUCAGAGUUUUAAAAGCUCUCCUUUCAUAAUGUGUAGAGGUUUGAAAAGUGUUCUGAGUAUUUCUACUAGUUCAGUAGUAAAAUCAGCGUCAGUGUUCAUCCUCCACAGUAUACUGUACUUAAAAUAUCCUCUGAACCUAUUACUGCUAUUCAACCUCCACAGUUCACUGUAGCAAAACUUUCAUCUUAGUUGUUUUUUAAAUACAGUAUAUAGCUUUACAUAUUUGGGAUAUUUCUUAUACAGCUCAAUACAUUUGGUACAUUAUCUCCACUUUAUUUAAACAAUGAUCUGAUAAUGAGCUUAAUAAGAACUCUCAAGCUUUUUUGUAGUCAUGGAAACAAAGUUUUUGGUAAUACUCUUGUAUUUUUUAAUUUGUAUUUAUAUUUUAUUUCUCACAUAUUGUGAUUUGUAAGUUUUUGAAUAUAGACAUUACUGCUGCUUUUGUAUGAAUUUUGAAGUAUAUUUCACAAGUAGUAACUUUGUACGAUAUUUAUUGGAGAACGUGAAGCGCUUUCUGCAUUUAUGGCUGUUAGGCUAGAUGAAUAAUGCUAAAAAAUAAAAUUUUAGUAAUAAGCCUGGAACAAUAUUAAAGGGUAUGGAGUCUGCUUUAAAUUUUAUUGUCAUAGGUAAUUGUAUUUACCAUAUGUGCCUGUAUGUUGAAGAUUAUUCACUAGUUUACCUGGCUUCCUUUUUGUGAUAAGAAUACAGUACUUAGAUACAGACAAGUUUUCUAUUGUUAUUUAUAACUUUUGAUAAUUUCAUAUUAUGUGAAGUCUCCAAGUGAAUCAUCUUAUAUUAAGGUAAUAAUAUUUUACUGUGAUAAUCUUAGAGGGUUUUAAACCAAAUAUAUAUUUUUUUUUUCAAUUAUGGUAAUAAGAUGGAAGUAAUAAGAUCCAAGGUAAUCAUCAUUAAAAACAGUCUUUUUGAAAGAUUAUUGCAUGGAGUAAAUAGAGUAUUACCACAUGCUUACCUUAAUAGUGAUCAUAUUCGCCAUAAAUCUCAGCUGAGCUUAUCCUUUCUAACUGCUAGCAAUCUUUUACCCCUACUGUGGUAAAAUGUCUUGAUGUAUUCUGUGCUUGAGAUUUGAACUGAUGUUUAUGUCUAAAUAUCUUAGCUAAGCUGGUUUGUGAAUUACUACAGCAGCUUUCCUGCAAUUAUUGUAGCUAAUUGCAAAAUGUUAUUUUGUUCAUUCCAGAAGAAAAUUACUGAGUGAAAAUUAUGUAAAUGAUCUCAAUGUACAUUCCAGAAGCAAACUGUUUUAAGAAAGUUAUGUAAAUGAUCAGACUGUUUUAAGUAUGCAAUAUAUUCCAUGUGCCAUUAGGGUUUUGUUUUGACUGCUUGUGUCAGGAAAUUAUACUCCGUAUCCUGAUACUUACAGCAUGAAUGUUGCCAAACCAUGUCAAUAAAUGUAUACCUUGUAUUCUUGGCUUCCAAUUGUUACUUAAAAUAAUAGCCCUUAAAAAGGGUUCUCCUUUUAUAUGUUUGAAACCAGAGUAAAUUGUAUAAAUAUAUUAUAAUUAUUAAAGCAA